GGCGUGCUCGGUCGUAGAAGGUUCGACAACAUCCUGCAGUUCCACCUCGAGAACGUGGCCGCGACGACGUGCCAGAGUGCCUUCCGGAAGGCGUGCGGUCGCCGGAAGGCCUGUGCGAGACGCAGGAUCAAGCAGAUGUAUGCUUAUCAAAGAGUACAAAGGGGUAGGCAGGGCAAGAUCAUGCGGGACGUGUUCGGCCUGAAGCAGCGCUUGUAUCAGAGGGCCUUUCUGCGCGUGGCCAUGCCGAUGGGCCUCGAUCCCAUGUCCUACACGCUGUCGCCCGUGUCCCAGGUGCGAGAGCUCUACAAGGACUACAAGGACUUGUACCAAUGCGUCAAGAUCGAAGCGACGGUCUGGAAGCAG